AUGCUCCUGGAAACUGGGCAGCGUAAACUUUCGGCGCCAAUGAAGUGGCCGGCAAUAGUGAUGAGCUUUGCAAGCAACGCAAUGAGAGCCCCAAUCAGCGGACGGCGUUCCCAAAUUGAAGAAUGGAGCACGAAUGAUACCGAAAAACCGCCUGGGGUUAGAGCUGCGUCCGUCGAAGAGGCCUCUACCUUCUUACGAGCCAUUUCUGAAGUGUACUUUUCCAUGGAGCUGACGGACCCAUGGACCGCAAUUCCGAGUUGUCGUGCACUUGAAUAA